AACAUUCGCUGAGACAAGACGGAAUUUGUUCGUAGAGCGUAGAUUUUCCCAACUUUUGGGCAUGAUUUUUGGUGAAAUUGGUGCAAUUCAAUCGUUGAUCUAGUGAACAGCUAGUGUAGUACCUGGAAGAGGUGAAAUUGUACCGAUUCCGUCGAACAGCAAUCGGUUUCGAACGGAUCGAAUUUCUCUUCCGAUCAGGAAAAUAAGCAAGGGUGUGCGCAGGAGGAAAGAAUCGAAGGCUACCGUAGAAGAAGCAGCAACAGCAAGAUGAAGAAGAAGGUGCUGCUGAUGGGCAAAAGUGGCUCUGGCAAGACCAGUAUGCGCUCUAUUAUAUUUGCCAACUACAUUGCUAGGGACACAAGGAGACUUGGAGCGACAAUCGAUGUCGAGCAUUCGCACGUGCGCUUCUUGGGCAACCUGGUGCUCAACCUGUGGGACUGCGGCGGACAGGAAUCGUUUAUGGAACAGUACUUUGCUUCACAGAAGGACAACAUCUUCCGCAAUGUGGAGGUUCUCAUCUACGUGUUCGACGUGGAAAGUCGCGAACUGGACAAGGACAUGCACUACUACCAGUCCUGUCUGGAGGCGAUCCUCCAGAAUUCUCCGGAUGCCAAGAUUUUCUGUUUGGUACACAAAAUGGAUCUGGUUGCCGAAGAGCAACGUGAUAUUAUCUUUAAGGAGCGCGAAGAGGACCUGAAGAGGCUAUCGAAGCCACUCGAAUGCACCGCCUUUCGGACGAGCAUUUGGGACGAAACGCUGUACAGGGCAUGGAGUAGUAUCGUGUAUCAGCUGAUUCCGAACGUGAAAGCCCUAGAGCACUCGUUAAAUUAUUUCGCCAACGUGGUUGAUGCAGACGAAGUGCUACUGUUCGAGCGAGCCACGUUCCUGGUCAUUUCACACUGUCAACGAAAGCAACACAGGGAUAGCCAUCGGUUUGAGAAAGUGUCUAACAUUAUCAAACAAUUCAAACUUUCCUGCUCGAAGCUAGGGGCAAAGUUUUCCUCAAUGGAAGUACGGAAUAGCAUAUUUGCGGCCUUCAUCGAUACGUUCACCAGCAAUACGUACGUCAUGGUGAUCAUGUCGGAUCCAUCUAUCCCAUCGGAAGCCACACUGAUCAACAUACGGAAUGCAAGGAAAUAUUUCGAAGAGUUGGAGAAUCCGAACAGCAUGAACGCCGCCAAUGCCAUCCACUCUGCCCAUGGAGCUCGCGGAAUGGUAAACGGUGGUUCUUCCAACUACUACAGCCAUCACCAGCAUCAGCAUCAACAAUUGCAACAACAGUUCCUCCAACAGCAACAGCAGCAACAGCAAUACCCCAACGUCAACAACCCGUAUCACUGAUAUUUGAUCAAGAAAAAGUACUUUUAUUUCAAAUAACCCUUCCGUGUUGCUGUUAGGUUAUCUUUGAUUGCGGCACUGUGAAUAUAAAAUUUCUUCCCCAAAUCUUCUCCUCACGGACAGACAAGUAUAAUUCUAAUCGCCUUACCUAUAAUAGCUGUUAUAAAUUGAAUCAAACCUCAGUCUGUUUGGACUCAAAAGAGAGAUCGGAUUUCUUUUUCUUAGUUUAUCAAAUUGUUAUGUUUUAGUGACUAGGUAAAAGUCUAACAAAGAAUCAAAUCAAAUUAUCAUUAUAUCCAGUCAAUGGAGCCCCCUUUCUUUUUUUUUAGCGAAAACGGGGCGGCUCUCAGAGCUACAAAGUGGCCAUGUUGCUUGUAACGAAUUCCCUUUUUCUGCUUUUUAUUCUGUUAAGAAAUAUGUUUUAUCAAACUGUCACUAAACUGUGACGAACGUUAUCAACGACAAGUGAACCAAUAGAAGAACAAACAACAAAACCAACUAACUUGUAGGAUCAAAAUAACCAUUGCUGUAAAAAGUCAAAUAAAGUCAUGAUUGUAUGACAAUGUAAUGAGCUGACAAGAUCGAGAUUACUAAAAUGACGGAAAUAAAAAUUUCUUUUAUACUGAAA